UUCCUCCACAGCCGUGUGCUUCAUUCCAGUGCACAAGCCGAGCGAAGCAGACGGGUUCUCUCUCAUACACACACACACACAGCAGCCAAAGCCGAUAUACAUUCGCUCAGGGAAUAAAUAAUUGUGUAAACCGUGCGGCUGUUUCUUCACGGGGAAUCUACAACACUUGAUCGCCGGACGCAUGUGAGCGCGCACAUUGCCUACAGCCGGGACGAAUAACAUAACCAUGGUUCUGACACAAGUGCGGCUGUCUCUGCCUCUGCUCCUCUGACCACAGUGAGAGGGAGAGAGGGGGGAGAGGGAAGAAAAACUCAGCGAGAGGGCUGUUAUUUUUUUUGUUGUUUUUCCUCACUGACUAUCAACGAGAUAUUGCUGGAAAUAUCGCUCUCUGGAUGGUGACCACGAGACUGGACUACCUGUUUUCAGCCGAUUCUGUCAGUGAGAGAGGAAGAAGGGACUGGAAGACUUGCGCCCAUUGCCUUUUCUCUGGUUUGAUAAAGCACGUUGGAGAUCACUGAAAGUGGAAAGAGAAGGGCUGCUGCGUUCAUUUUAUACAAAGGGUGUUGUUUUCCUCCGAACUCUCACCUUUACGUGCUUUUUUUUUUUGGUUUGGUGAAUGGGGGUAACUCUGGUCCUGGAGGCUUGACGCAGCUGGGACAGGGACCUGGGGACUGGGUGCGUGGAGCGUCGGAUCACCCAGGAUUGUAUUCCCUCCUCACUCACUCACUCACUCACUGACUGACUCUCUGUCUCUCGUGGGUCUAUUUACAUGUCCGACCUGACCGCUUUAUGACAAUGGAUUACUUUCUGCUUUUAUGCAGCCUCUUGCUGCCCGUGGUGUCCGCCGUUGAAGAGACGCUGAUGGACACGAAGUGGGCUACGACAGAAUUAGCCUGGACUGCACACCCUGAGACCGGGUGGGAAGAAGUGAGUGGCUAUGAUGAUGCCAUGAACCCCAUCCGGACGUACCAAGUCUGUAAUGUACGUGAGCUCAACCAGAAUAACUGGCUACGGAGUGACUUCAUCCCACGAAAGGAUGUGCUGCGCGUAUACGUGGAGAUGAAGUUCACAGUGCGCGACUGCAACAGCAUUCCCAACAUCCCAGGUUCCUGCAAAGAGACCUUCAACCUCUUCUACUACGAGUCUGACUCAGACUCAGCCACAGCCACCAGCCCUUUCUGGAUGGAGAACCCUUACGUGAAGGUGGACACUAUCGCCCCAGAUGAGAGCUUCUCCAUGCUUGAGUCUGGGCGGGUAAACACUAAAGUCCGAAGUUUCGGGCCACUGUCCAAGGCCGGGUUCUACUUGGCCUUCCAGGACCUUGGUGCUUGCAUGUCACUCAUCUCAGUGAGAGUGUUUUAUAAGAAGUGCUCCACCACAAUCGCCAAUUUUGCAGUUUUCCCAGAGACAGCAACUGGGGCUGAGGCAACGUCCUUGGUCAUCGCACCAGGAACUUGCGUCCCCAAUGCCCUGGAGGUGUCCGUGCCACUGAAGCUUUAUUGCAACGGAGAUGGGGAGUGGAUGGUUCCCGUAGGAGCCUGCACCUGCUCAGCUGGUUUUGAACCGGCAAUGAAGGAAACCCAAUGUCAAGCUUGCAGCCCUGGCACCUUCAAGUCCAAACAGGGUGACAGCUUCUGCGUACCCUGUCCUGCCAACAGCCGUGCCAGCUCAGGAGCAGCCAGCGUUUGCUCCUGUCGAAACGGUUACUACCGCUCAGACACAGACUCUCCUGACUCCCCCUGUACUACUGUUCCCUCCCAGCCACGCAAUGUCAUCUCCAGCGUGAACGAAACCUCGCUUGUGCUGGAGUGGAGCGAGCCGCGUGACCUGGGCGGCCGCGACGAUACCUUCUACAACGUCAUCUGUAAGAAGUGCCUGCCCGAGCGGGGAAUGUGCUCACGGUGUGAUGACAACGUUGACAUCUCGCCUCGCCACCUGGGCCUGACCCAGCGCCGCGUGGCCGUUCGUAACCUGCAGGCCCACACGCAGUACAGCUUCGAGAUCCAGGCAGUCAACGGCGUUUCCAACAAGAGCCCUUACACACCUCAGUUCUCUGCCGUGAAUAUCACCACAAAUCAGGCCGCUCCGUCUGCAGUGCCCACGGUUCACCUGAUGGCGGCCACAGCGAGCACCAUGAGCCUGUCCUGGCUGCCUCCGGAGAAACCCAACGGAAUCAUUCUGGAUUAUGAGAUUAAGUACCAUGAGAAGGUAAGCGGCAAUGAUCAGGGUGAGGCCAUCGCCCAUACCAUGACUGCCCAGCGGAGCAACGCGCGCAUCGAAGGUCUCAAGGCCGGCACACCUUACGUGGUACAAGUCCGCGCCCGAACAGUGGCUGGUUAUGGCCGUUACAGCAGCCCAGCGGACUUCAGCACCAACCUGCAAACUGACCCUCCAAAGUCAUGGCAGGAGCAGCUGCCACUCAUCGUGGGUUCAGCCACUGCCACCUUGGUCUUCAUCAUCGCAGUUGUGGUCAUCGCUAUCGUCUGCCUCAGAAAGCAGAGAAAUGGUUCAGAGUCGGAGUACACAGAGAAACUGCAGCAGUACAAAUCCCCUAUAGUAACGCCGGGAAUGAAGGUCUACAUUGACCCCUUCACCUACGAGGACCCCAAUGAAGCGGUGCGCGAGUUUGCCAAGGAGAUCGAUGUCUCCUGCGUGAAGAUCGAGGAGGUCAUCGGCGCAGGUAACCCACCAAAGCUCCUGAGCUACAGGGGGAAGACUGCUAGUCACCUCCAGGCCAUACCGUUAGAGGACUUCACACCAAGCGGAGAGUUCGGGGAGGUGUGCCGCGGUCGCCUCAAGCUGCCCGGGCGACGGGAGAUCAUUGUAGCCAUAAAGACUCUUAAGGUGGGCUACACUGACCGCCAGAGGAGAGACUUCCUGUCCGAGGCUUCCAUCAUGGGCCAGUUUGACCACCCCAACAUUAUCCGCCUGGAAGGCGUGGUCACCAAGAGUCGGCCGGUGAUGAUUGUGACCGAGUUCAUGGAGAAUGGGGCGCUGGACUCUUUCUUAAGGCUCAAUGACGGGCAGUUCACUGUGAUCCAGCUGGUUGGCAUGCUGCGCGGUAUCGCGGCAGGCAUGAAGUACCUGUCAGACAUGAACUACGUGCACAGAGACUUGGCUGCCCGUAACAUCUUGGUCAACAGUAAUCUGGUGUGUAAGGUGUCUGACUUCGGCCUGUCUCGUUUCCUUGAGGACGACCCCACAGACCCUACCUAUACCAGUUCACUGGGAGGGAAGAUCCCCAUUCGCUGGACGGCUCCCGAGGCGAUUGCCUACAGGAAGUUCACCUCAGCCAGCGAUGUGUGGAGCUACGGCAUUGUCAUGUGGGAGGUGAUGUCGUACGGCGAGCGGCCGUACUGGGACAUGAGCAAUCAAGAUGUGAUAAAUGCCGUGGAGCAGGACUAUCGACUGCCCCCACCCAUGGAUUGCCCCACAGCACUGCACCAGCUCAUGUUGGACUGCUGGGUAAAAGAGAGAAACCUGCGACCCAAAUUCACCCAGAUUGUGGCCACGCUGGAUAAGCUCAUCCGCAACGCCGCCAGCCUCAAGGUGGUCACCAACAGCACACAGUCCACCGGGGUAUCCCAGCCCUUGCUUGACCGCUGUGUGCCAGACUAUACCACUUUCACCACUGUGGGAGACUGGCUGGAUGCCAUCAAGAUGAGCCGCUACCGUGACAACUUCGUCAACGCCGGAUUUGCUUCCUUUGACCUGGUGGCCCAGAUGACAGCAGAGGACUUGCUGCGGAUAGGGGUGACGUUGGCUGGCCAUCAGAAGAAGAUUCUUGGUAGCAUUCAGGACAUGAGACUACAGAUGAACCAAACACUGCCUGUCCAGGUGUGAGCGACGGGACACACACACAAACAGACCGAUGCAGUCGAAGGACAGCCAGACAGGGAAAAAAAAGGGGGAGGAACGGUGCCAGUGAGAGCCAUUGGAAAACCCUAGCUGCCUGACCCAUCUCUGCCAAUUAGAUGCUACGAAACUGGCUUGCGGUGCCUCUGAAUAUUUUUUUUUCUUCAUUUCAUUACCACUUCCAUUUCCUGUUCCUGCUUUUUUGUUAUUUGUCAUUGUUUCUUUUUUCAUCCAAUCAGAUUUUGUGUGUUUUUGAAGGAGGCGUUAACCCCUCGUUAUAUCUCAUGCGUGCCUCACCAGCUCUGGUGUGGGUUGAUGUUUGCAUGCAUGUGUGUUUUAGUGAGGUUGGCCUUAGCCCUAUAACUGAAACAUCACACUCUGAUCCUCACGCAAGAGCCCCUCCCUUUGAAACCUGAACCCAGCUCUGAUGGGCGUGAAGAACCCUGACAUAAAAUAAGUGAACAAAUGUUCACACGCGUAAAAAACAAAACAAAAAUAGGUGUUUUGGACCCACAGGAGAUAGAGGCCAAUUCUUUUCCUGAUAGAAGUUGUUUUAUUGUGCACGUGUGUUGUUCUCCAUCUUCAUAUUGAAGGUGUGUUAUCUAAAAGGGCACUUGCUGGAGAAGGGUGAGGUGCUGGAGGAGGAAGUAUGAUGGGCUGAGGUCAAAGGUCAAGAGGAUGACAGAGGGUCAAAAAGGUCAAAGGAGCGCGUUUUUUUGGACGUUUGUUUUGUCUGCUGAUUCCUCAGCUGGUCACCAGACAACCUCUUCACUUUGACCUGAAGUGACUCAGGAGGGUUCCACAGCUUGGGAUUACCUGCUCAUCAAGUGUGUCUUUACACAUAAAAAUGUUUCAUUUUUGUUUGUCCACACUAGAUUUUUUUUCUUUUCCCCCUCCUUUUUUGGCUUUCUUACACAUUUUUGGGAGAUUUGUGGUUAAAAAAAAUGGCCGGCCAAUCCUAGGUACCCCCCCCCCCACUGGACACUUUGUGUGAUUAAAGGGGGGAGACAUGGACCGUGGCAACACUAUAGAAAGACCACUUGGCCUUUGUGUGCGUAUUUGUAUGUAUGUGUGUGUGUGUGAUUAAGUGUGUGUGGAUGUGCGAAUGUGUCAAGUUGCACACAAGUAUACUGUACAGUACGGCUUUCGCUAUUUGCCACCGUGGAGAAUUAACGCAUGAACUGAACCGUGACAAGGAGCAAAUAUAUCUGAAACAAUUACGCUAUAUUCUGUGGACAACUGUUAAACAUUCUUUUUUUAUUGAAUCCAAAACAAUGAACUUUGGACAUACACAUAUAUAUAUAUAAAAUUAUAUAUAUAUGCUUCAUGCAGAAACUGAAAGCAACCUUGACGGACACCUUACUUUCUACUUACUAUUAUCUGGAUUUAGAAAUAAUCAAAAUUUUUGUUUUAAUUUCUUGACAUCCUGCCCCCUAUGUAUUUAUUUGUACCUCGCCCACCAACCCCCCACUCCCUGCACCAACACUCAGAUGGACUGUAGGCCAUUUGGGAACAGUGGACUUGGAACAAUCAGAGGGAAAAGAGAAACUCCAAGAGGAUUCACCUAAUGAAUUGAUGAUUAUUAAACAAAAGAAAUUGCAUAUAAAUUGGAUAUUGUAUUUUUGUUGUUGUUCUAAACAGCCUGUACAUGUUUUGUAACAAAAAUACGAUAAAUAACAAAAGAAAAAAUGGUGUUUUGACAAAAAAAAUGGAAGUGUUGUUGUGAAAUGAUUCAGAGCGAAAUUAGGAGAAAGCAAAGGAGGAAGAGAGAAGGAAGUGGCGGGGAAGUAAGGACUGUAGAGAGGAAGUGAUGGUUAGACAUGUCGCCCUUUUUUGCUCCGUCCAUCGUAGUGUGAGUGUCUGUGUAGGUGUGUUCAAGUUUGUGUGUGCCACCUGGAUAUUAAGCUUCCCCAAUCCAUUCUCAUUCUUAACAUAAAGAGUAUUUGUGAAGCCACAAGCUGUCACUAAUUGUCUUCCAGGCACAUUUUCUUCUUUUCAAAACCUACAGAUCACUCAAAUGCAUCUCUGUGGUUUACCUAUGUUUAAAUCUGACUUAUGUACCAUCAGCGCCAACAAUGGGAUCCUCCCAACCCUAUCUUAUGUCGGAGUGAUUAGGGGAAGGUACAGAGAUGAUGCAGCCUAACCUGCCAAUCACUUCAAUCGCCCCAGAGGCGGAGCUCCAUCACAAGACCUGCACUUUGCCCCUCUGCAACAAGAUCCUCAUCAGAGAAUCCAGAGCUGUCAGAAGAGAAACCUAUUGGUCUUUGUCUGUCAGGUCGAUUAAUGCAGCAGCCAAUCUGGCAUCGCGGGGAUACGAGUGCGCAGCAGCGAGCGCAGACAUACGGCGAGCUGACCUAUCAUUAUCUCUCUUCAUUUCCUGUCUGGCCUGCAAUCAUCCUGUCUCAGGCUGCUGCAUGAUUAGUACAGUGCAGGAUCAACAGCCCUGGCACGCAGACUAGCCAAAAAUCUGCAGGCCCCCCUCCAUCCUAAAUGAUAGCAGCUGCAUCAAAGAGACUGUACUAUUUGCGCUUCUGACAGAGGGGUGUUUGAAGAUAGUGGAUUAAGGGAUAGGGGCGGAAUCACUGGUGCGAUCUUUCCAGUCUCCAUAUUGUUUGGGUUGGAGUUGAUCAAUGCAAUAUGUAAGUAUUAUUAGUUAGGUGUGUAAUGAUAGCGUGAUGUUAGUGGCCACGCCGUGUGUCAUGCCAAAAUACUUUUGUCAGCCACUCUUAAGACCCUUCAAAAGCCAUGCAGAAUAUUAUGCAAAACAGCAAUGUGUUCUUUAUUUUCUAUCGUUUCAUCUUAUUCCACAUACAGAUGUUUUCACUAUUGCUAGUACACGCUUUAAAAGGCUUACUAACCUGUAACAGUUGUAGGACACAAUCAAGUAGUAAUUUUAACAGUUGUGUACUCUCACUAUUCAGGAAAUAAGUCUCAAAUUUUUGAAUUGUUUUCAUCAUAGUGUCAGUUUUGAUUUCUGAUGUGAUUCCUCAGAAUCAGAGGCGCCGGUACUGUCAAUACGUUUUGCUAACAUGAUGAGAAUGUUUUGAAACUGCCUGUUGAUGAGCACACAUUUUGUCUUAGUAUCAUCCUGAGGAGUUAUUUUGUUUUUCUUCAAAGCAAAAGAAAACAGUAUUUUGAUUGAAAAAGAGUGAGAGAGUACACAUUUGGAGAUGGCAGAAGAGCAGAAUUAAUGCAAUCAGAAUCACUUUACUCAGUCUCCCAGGCAUAUACACUAUUACUCCUCUUCCUCCACUCAGCUCAAUCACUCAAUCAGUUACACCCCACUGUUGCAAAGUCGCAUGUGGCACCAAACAAGACACAGUCAAUGAGCAAAAAAAAAAAAAAAAAAAAAAAAAAAAAAAAAAUGAAGAAGGUUGGGGUGUUGCGGGCGGGGCGGUUGGGGGGGGGCAUAUUUGGGGCUAAACACAAUCAGAUGGCAGACAUUGCCCACUCAUGAAAAAUGGCUGCGCUUCGGAGUUUGCAUGAACUAUUGAUGAGGUGCACAUGGUGCGCCAAGGAUCUGGAUCUGUGUUCACCAAAGUCAACCAGCCGUGAGUGAUGAGCUCAACUGGCACUGUUGCACAUCUUAAAAAGAUUAAACUGCCACCACAUCAACUGCAAACAAUUAAUCAUUAAGUGGAUUUUUCACACAUUCAUGGGAGUGUUUAAUAUUGUACGUUCACACAGGGGGGAAAAGAACUCACUCCCAUGUGUUUUUUGUUCAUACUUUCCGACUGCAGGUUGCUGGAAUUAAGACAGACUUGGUUAUGUUUGUGUGUUUGUGUGUGUGUGUGUGUGUGCGGAAUAAAAGGAUUGCCAUUUUAUACAGAAACAUUUUGAUCAGCAGAGUCUAGGCUUUGUCAGAUGUGGUUAUCUCUGUGUGUGCCAAUAGGAUCCAAACUAUCCCAACAUUCCUUCCAUCUUUCUUUUUCCCUAUUUUACAUCCUCCACAGAUCAUCAAACACUCAAACACACACACACACACACACACACACACACACACACACACACACACCCUCCCUGAAACCCCUUAACUUGCAACUUUCUAACUUUCUUUUCUUCAGUUGUCUGUUUCAAAUAAAUACUCAGCUCUGUCCUUUCUUUUGUCUUCUAACAAGCUCACUGCACAUCUGUCUUGGUCACUUUUGAAAACCCCCUCUUCAUACAAGGAAGUAAGAUGUUUCAGAGAGUACUGUACAAGUAUAGUGAAGUGGGAGGGGGAAGGGGGGGGGGGGGGCAGAAUAAAGCGCCGAGAAAUGCAAUUGUUAAUUCCUCUUUGAGAAGCACUGAGAUGUAUUUAAUGGUGCAGACAUACACUACAAAUUACUAAAAAUGAUGAUGCAUUCUUGUAGAAAUAUUUUUAAAAGACCCUUUUUGCAAUUAAAUUAUUUAAGAAAUGUGA